AUGUCGAGUUCUGAUAAUGACGAGCCGAAAGUGGUGGAAAUUUCCGAUGAUGAAAUGGAGUGUGAAGGUGUUGUAGAAGUGAACAAUGAGCAAUCUGACGAGGCGAAAAUGCGAGAAUUCGCCGAAAUCACGGCUACCGACGAGAUAAUGGCUCAGUCGAUUCUCCAAGACGUUGGAUGGGAUUUAAAACGAGCACUGGACGUGUUUUUUGGCUCCGACGCGUUUAAAGAGACGAGAAAUGAAGCUGUGAUGGGUCCGAGCUCAUCGGCGGGCUUCGAGCUCAGUCUCAUGUCGUGGAACAUUGAUGGACUCGAUGGGCGGAGCCUGGCGACACGGAUGAAAGCGGUGGCGACUAUUGUCAAAAAAGUCAACCCGGACAUUCUCUUCCUUCAAGAAGUCGUCGAUCGUGAUUUGGAGCCAAUCGAUAAGCUCCAAUCACUCUAUAAAAUCUACUAUUCCAACAAGGGAUGUCAGUAUUAUACGGCGAUUUUGGUGUCGAAAAUGUUCGAAGUCGAAAAGCAUGAUGUCGUUCAUUUUCAGAAUUCCGGAAUGUAUCGAACACUUCAGAUCGUCGAAGGCUCCAUCGGUGGAAUGAAGGUGUUCCUUGUGAAUACCCAUCUCGAAUCGAUGCGUGAUCAUCGUGCUCAACGCAUGGCUCAAUUCAGUUUCUGUAUGGAUCGUUGCGCUGAAAUCAUUGCCAAUAACCCCGGAUGUUUCCUGUUUUUCGGCGGCGAUUUGAAUUUGAGAGAUGAGGAAAUUUCGAGUAUUCCAGAUGGCGUCCUGGAUGCGUGGGUGUCGGCAGGAUGCGAUACGAAGACCAAAUGGACGUGGGACACUUAUAAAAAUGACAAUAAACAGGGCUUUAAUGGCGCGAAAAUGAGAUUCGACCGUAUCUACUGGCAUGGACCAUUCAAUCAAGUGCAUUUCUCGCUGGAAGGCCGUCAACGCAUUCGUUCGUGUCUCUGCUUCCCAUCGGAUCAUUGGGCCAUUAAUGCCACGUUUUCGGCUGUAUAA